AUGUUUUCACAACCCAAACCCAGCAACACUGUGUCCGAAGUUGUCGAAAUUAAUUCUGCAUCCGACAGCAGUGAGGAUUGUCCACAAAUUAUUAGCGUUCAUGAAUCUGCAUCACACCAACAGCAACAAACAGAGAGAAGAAAAAAAAUUAAGAAAGAACCAGUUGCAUCUAUCAAUGUUCAUUCUAACAACAUGAUAACUAGUUAUGAAAAUUCUAAUAAUCAACCAGCAAAGGAGAUCAAUGAUGGAAAGAAAAAAAGAAAAUCUUCAGCAAUACCUGAAGCAGGAUUUAAUCUAUAUUUGACAAACACGAUUGGAUUUCUAACCAUACCUCUAAAAGAUAGAAGAAAAGAAUUAAAACGAAUAUGGAGGAAAGAAUUGGAUGAAACUUCAAAAAAUUAUUGGUGCGACCAAGCAGCAAAGACUAAAAAGAAAAAAGUUUCCACACCACAAGCUUCAAAUGUGAGCGUCUCCACGAAUUCUAUUCAUCCACUCCCUCAAAAUUCAACUCUUAAUACGACGUUGGAUAGUAACAGAGUGCACAUGAUUAAAUUGCUACCCAUUCCAAUCACGACUCCAAAUCGCCCUAUCCUUUUAAUUGAUACCAAGAAUCCUCCUCCAUUCACUAUUCAAAGCUCUCAAAACAUGCAGAGUUCAAUAUUUCCAUCUUCACAUGUACAAACAUCCUCCUCCUCAUCUGCAACCACAAGAACUAACUCUCCACAAAAUAAUAAUAAUGGUGGUGAUGCCACUUUUCCCAAGAACACUCCCCAAACAUGUGUAGUGACAAGUACUUCUGUACUCUCGGAAAAAGCUGUAAAUCCGACUCUUAAACCUGUCAUAGAUCUGCCAACAUUGGCUCAAUUAAGGUCGAGAGAAAUAUUUCAGCCUGUGACAUGUCCGUUAACAAAGAGAAUCAUGACCUGUCCUGUCAUGGCAGCCGAUGGAUGUAUUUAUCAAAAGGAUGCUAUUGUAAAUUAUGUAGUUAAGCAUGGAUGUAGUCCACGCCAACCAACAACUAAAUUGUUGGUUACUUCCUUAAUACCUGUGGAAUUAGCUCGACAAAAUGCUAUUUUACUUGUGAAAGAGAGAAUUCAUAAAAUGGAACAAGUGUUAAAAGAAAUAGAUAUUGAACCAUUAGAAAAACCAGUACUAUUGGAAUGCCUUUAUGUCAUUAAUUUUGGUUUACAAAUUUUAGAUGAAGUUGGACUUUCUGGCAAUGAAUACUCACGAUUCUUAACUGUUCGCAAGAUUUUAGUGCUCGACAAAAUACAAAAAAACUUUUGGAAACAUAAAGAUCAAACCACCUCUUACUCACACCCCUCUGAAAUGACCCUCUCUACAUUUAAUUCAGAUAUGGAAUACAUUUAUCUUUGUUUGACCGAGCACAUCGAUGAUCCCUCUCUUCUCUCUCUCAUUUUGACGCUCUGGAGAAGUAAUUGUAGUAGUAGUAGCAGUAAUGGUAAUGGCUCCAAAUUGCCCAUUGAUGAGCCAACCAUUACUAAUUUGUCCAUGUAUUUAUUCAAAUUAUGCAAAUCUUCUUUAACAGAACUCAUGCAUCUCUUUGAGGUUGAAAAAGACCUUUUGGUCAUGAAUCAAGUCUUGUCCUGUUUGAGAAAGACCAACACGUGUUCAUUCAAACCCAUCUCUCAAGAAAUUAUCAAAACCAUGAAUCAACUGGACAUCAGGUCUUUUUGA